AUGGCAGACUACAGCGCAAAAAAAGACAUCUCAUGCGACGAAGAAUGUCUGACAGGGAACGGUAACCAUCAGCCAUCGCCAUCAUCCGCAGCCGCAUCGUCAUACAUAGAGGGCAAAGGAAGCCCAAGCAACAAACAACAAGAUAGAGCAUCGACCCAACCCCUCCAUGAGCACCAGUAUCGACUCAGCCAACAGCAAGAGUUGGAGUUCUACCGGGCUUUUGCGAAAGAUUUGUUCUCUGUCAUCAGCCAUCCGGAGACGGGAACAGUCGCUCGUUUGGUGGAUCUUAUCCGCUCUGGGGCCUCGAAUCAGGAUAUUCACGAUAUCAUUGGGGAGAUCCAGAGUGCGCAGCUCAGAAACCCUGACCUGGACGAUGCUCAAUAA